AUGUGUAUCUUGUUUCCCUCAAGCUUAGGUGAUCCGGGCUUGACAUGGUUUGAGAGGUUACCAAAAGGCAGCAUAGCUUCAUGGGCACAACUUGCAGAGGCGUUUGUUACCGGGUUUAAGACAAAUACCAAGAUGCCGGUGGAGAUAGACCAGCUGCUCUCCAUCGACAUGGGCGAGAAAGAAACACAAAAGUCUUACAACAACCAGUAUUAUGAGACUUUUGAUCAAAUUGGAGAUUGCCCUGCAAACCUAGAUAUCGCACAGUACAAACAGGGUCUACCCAUGGGCAAUAAAUUGAGGGAUUCAAUGACAAUGAUGCCACCUCUCACAAUAGAGGCCUUAAUGGAAAGAGUACAACACAUCAGGGUAGAUGAAGAUGGCGCUUGCGCCAAGGCAAAGUCCGGUACAACAGCGAUGUCGGACAAAAAACCUGCAGCAAAAGUUAACACGGUCAACCGGGAAGAAUGA